AUGUCGUUAUGCCCAGACUGCAUUAAGGGCGUUCGCCACGGGGGGACACCAGAAGGUGAAAUUGAGUUCAUAGGAGGUGUGAGACGCUACGUUAGCACACCUUCUGGUGAAUACAACAAGGAGAAGGCUGUCCUCUUUCUCCCGUCCAUCUUCGGUAUUGACCUCAUCAACGCUCAGCUCCUCGUGGAUGACUUUGCCAGAAAUGGAUUCAAGACCAUCGCGAUUGAUUACCUUAAUGGUGAUCCGCUCCCUGGCGACGCCCUCACUGGUGGCAAAUAUGAUAUUCCUGCCUGGUUCGCUAGACACGGGAACGACCAGACCCGGCCCAACAUCGACAAGGUCGUUGCUGCGCUCAGGGAACAGGGUGUGAAGGACUUUGGUUCUACUGGUUACUGCUUCGGUGCUCGGUACGGCUUCGACAUCGCAUUCGAGAACAUUUCCAAGGUCACUGUCGUCUCUCACCCUUCGCUUCUCAAAGUUCCCGAGGAUCUUGAGAAAUACAAGAAGCUGUCCAAAGCCCCCCUCCUGAUCAACUCCUGCACGUUUGACACACAGUUCCUCAAGGAAUCCCAGGCGGAAGCGGAUAUGAUCCUUGGCGAGGGUGCGCAAUUUACGGAAACCUACCGCCGCGAGUACUUCGAGGGAUGUGCGCAUGGGUUUGCUAUCCGUGGUGAUGUAUCCAAGCCGGAGGUCAAGGCGGGUAAGGAGGGCUCCUUCAAGGCUGCUGUACUAUUCUUCAAAAAUCAUUUGUGA